UCUUUUUCUUGUUCAAGCAUUUCCUCUGUAACUUCCACCAAAAUCUACACUCCCAUUUACAACUACGGCUAUGGCAACGAAGAGGCAGACUGGUUCAUCUUUCUCAAUCACCGACGAUCUCUUCGGUUCCAAAGACUCUAUAUCCAACUCUUCAUCCUCUGGAAUUUUCGAUUCAUUAUUCCCUCCGCCGUCCACGGCAGGGCGUAGGAACUUCUCUGGCUCAGAGGUCUUAGGAUCUAUGCAGAAGCAGUCAUGGAGCACUGGAUCAGGAAUUGCUGAUAAUGGAAAUAAGAAUUGGAAAGGUGGAAGCAAUAACAGAUCUAAUGAAACAGUUGUAGAAAGGAAUUCAAAUUUUCAGCAAAAGGUUGAACCAUGUCCUCUCAGUUCAUCUUUGUACUAUGGUGGGCAAGAAGACAUGUAUGGAACUUUGAGCAAUCAAACUGUCAUUAUGAAGAAAACCAUGACUGAAAAUGAUCCAAAUGAAAACAAUUCAAAUGAUGCAUCUAGAGGAAACUGGUGGCAAGGUUCGUUAUAUUAUUAGGAACUUGGCCCAACCGUGGUGUGCGCUUGGCAAAGAUUGCUGCUUGAUUUGGCUCGUUUUUAUUUCUACUUUUUUUCAUAGCAAACUGUAGUUAAGGGUUAAUAGAGUUUUACCCACAAGCUCUUUUUAACUCGAAGAUGAUGAAAGCACACUUAUAGACAAGCAUCUUAUUCAUGAGCAAAUUCAAAUAUUCAUAACUGAAACAA